CAUCGUGCUGAUCAAGAUUGUGUCAUGCGCAUCCUGUUGCUAUCAACAACAAUAACAUACUUCCGGUCGUGUAUAAUUUUGAACAUUGGUGGAACUAAAUCUGUGAAAAAUGCCGACCAAUCCAGAUGAACCAUACUACUGUUCCCAACAGAUAAACAUCCCACCCUCAUUACCUGAUAUUUUGAAACAAUUUACAAAGGCUGCCAUUCGCACUCAACCAAAAGAUGUGUUGGCUUGGUCUGCAGCAUAUUUUAAAGACAUGGCAAAAGGUGAAACACCACCAGUGAAAGAACGUCUUGAAAUGCCAACUGCCACACAGAAAACUGACACAGGCCUGACCCCUGGUCUUUUGAGGGUGCUAAACAAGCAGGUGGAACAUUUUUUCGUUGACUCCAAGCUUGGACCAAAGAAAACAGUGUCAUUAAACUUAGUCAUGGAAAAGUGGGCGGAUUUAGCUCUUCCAAAAGAACAGUUUGAUGAUUUGGUCAGAAUCGGCAGUUUUGGGGGUGAAGUUGAAUGGAACAAAUUUUUUGCCUUGUGUGCAUCUGCACUUGGAGAGAAUAUAACAGAUGCCAUGAAGACAGUUUGCGAGAUCCUAACAGCAGAUCCCGAGGGAGGUCCCUCCAGAAUCCCCUUCCCCUUAUUCAAAGAUCUAUAUACCUACCUAGCUCAGAUUGAUGGGGAAAUUUCACAGCAGCAAAUCAAUGAAGUCUGUAAUUAUCUCAAGUAUCAUGUUGACAAACAGGAUGGAUAUGUUCAGCCUCGUAACUUCCUUGGAGCUGAGUGUCCCAAAUUAUCAACCCGCUAAAGCUGAAAAUUGAAAGUGAAUGACUCCUAAUUACUAACAUCAUCAAAACGAAUUGUUAAAGAAUCAUUUGUCAAAAUGCAUUUGUUCAGAAUUUCUACAAGUCACUGUAAAAUCUACAAACAAUUAAGCUUCCAUAUUAAAAGAAGCGAAUGGCCCAACAAUUCUUUGUUUGUUUGAACAAUGUUAUAUCUUAUAGUUUCUGUACAGUCUAUUAAUGAUAUUUAAAAUGUUGUACAAUAUGUUUAUGUAAAUGCAAUAAAGUUCAACUCUGAG